CAGACUAUUGGAUAGAGAAGCUGUAUGCGGAACGGUAGAUUGGAUAGAGAAGCUGCAUACGGAACGGCAGGUUGUAUACCUAUAUCUAUAACUUUAGUCUGUACUGAACGUGUAUCAAUCAAAAGCGAACACUUGAAUUGAAGCUAUGGAAACCCAGUUCUGUUUCUUGCUUCUUGUUCCCUUCCUCUUUAUACUAUUCUUCUUCCUUGGGCUAGCAAGGCCGAAGAUUAAUAAAGCUAAGAUUGAAAUCCCAGGGCCAUGGAAGCUUCCCCUACUGGGAAACCUUCACCAAUUAAUAGCAGCAAGUUCUUCAUCACCUCCACACCAUACCCUUCGUGAUCUAUCUCUCAAGUACGGUCCUCUCAUACGCCUUCAGAUUGGGGAGAUUUCUACAGUGGUAGUAUCAUCUCCAGAUAUGGCCAAGGAGAUUAUGAAGACCCAUGAUCUUGCCUUUGUGCAUAGACCACAGAUUUCUAGUGCUAGGAUUUUCGCUUAUGGAGCAACAGACAUAGCUUUUGCUCCUUACGGUGAGUAUUGGAGACAGAUGAAAAAAAUAUGUAUUUUAGAGCUCUUGAGUGCCAAGAAGGUCCAAUCAUUCUCCUACAUCCGACAAGAUGAGGUAUCUAAGCUGAUAGUGUCAGUGGGAUCAUCAGUAGGUUCGGUUGUUGAUCUCACGGCCAAGAUUUACUCUUUGACUUGUGCUAUAGUUACCAGGGUAGCAUUUGGCAAUGAACAAGAAGAGCUUCUGCAACUAUUCUAUGCGGCAAUAGAAGUGGCUGGGUUUCGCUUUGUUGAUUUCUUCCCUUCAUUGAAACGUGUUCAUCUUAUAAUAACUGCGAUGGAAGCUAAGUUGGUGAAGAUUCAUAAGAAGAUAGACAAGAUUUUAGAGGACAUUCUUAAGGAGAAUCAGAAGAAGCAGCUCAGAUCAGCAGAAGGAGGGUGUGACGGUACUGGUUCUGGGGAAGAAAAUCUUGUUCAGGUUCUCUUGCGAAUCCAGCGAAGUGGAAGCCUUGACAUCACAAUUACAAACAACAACAUCAAAGCUGUUAUCUGGGAUAUGUUCGGUGGUGGAACUGAUACUUCAGCAACGACAACAGAGUGGGCUCUGUUAGAAAUGAUGAGGAAUCCUAAAGUGAUGAAGAAGGCACAAGCUGAGAUUAGAAAAGCUUUUAAAGGAAAGAAAGUGAUUCACGAGAGUGACAUGGAAAAACUCAGUUACUUGAAAUUAGUAAUUAAAGAAACCCUGAGGCUUCACCCACCUGCUCCUUUGUUGCUCCCAAGGGAAUGCACAGAAAGUUGCAAGAUUAAUGGAUAUGACAUACCCAUCAAAACUCAAGUUAUAGUAAAUGCAUGGGCGAUUGGAAGAGAUCCAAACCAUUGGUAUGAAGCUGAAAGGUUUAUACCGGAGAGGUUCCAUGGCAAUAAUCCUAAUAUUGAUUUCAGAGGAACAAACUUUGAGUACAUCCCUUUUGGAGCAGGAAGAAGAAUUUGCCCCGGUAUUACAUUUGGUUUAGCAAGCAUUGAGCUUCCUCUAGCUAGCUUACUCUACCACUUUGAUUGGGAAAUCCCAUAUGGAAUGAGACCAGAGGAUUUAGACUUGACUGAAACCUUUGGCAUUACCGCUAGAAGGAAGGACAAGCUGUGCUUGAUUCCCAAACCAUAUAGUAUUCAAUAUUGAUCCUCUUUGUUUCUGUGUAUCUGUAAAAGUUUCAAGAUGUAUUUUAUGAAGCUUUUCUGUUAGACUAUAUGUUAAUACAAUAGCAAGUCAAAUAUCAACUAUGAAGGGAUAGAAACUCACCAA